AUGGAGAAUUAUUUUCAAGCAGAAGCUUACAACCUGGACAAGGUUUUAGACGAAUUUGAACAAAACGAAGAUGAAACAGUUUCUCCUAUUUUAUUGGAAACAAAAUGGAAUAAGAUUCUAGAUCCCCCUUCGCACCGACUGUCAUUUAACCCUGCAUUGGCCAGUGUGAAUGAACCUGUAGUUUCUAAUGAGUCACAGCCACAAUUGAAAGUCUUCUCUCUGGCUUAUUCGUCUCCUCUGACCAUACAAAGAGAGGACCAUUGUGCUAAUGGGCAGGACUGUAGUGUGAACCCAGAGGACAACACAAUGUGGAUUGAUGAAAAUGCCAUUGCAGAAGAUCAGUUAAUUAAGAGGAACUGUAAUCAAGAUGAUCAGUGCAGCACUGUUGAAGUGGGAGAGAAGAAAUGUGGAAACCUAGCUUGUCUGCCAGAUGAGAAGAAUGUUCUUGUUGUAGCUGUCAUGCAUAACUGUGAUAAAAGGACAUUGCAAAGCGAUUUGCAGGAUUGUAAUAAUUAUAAUAGUCAAUCCCUCAUGGAUGCUUUUAGCUGUUCACUGGAUAAUGAAAACAGACAAACUGAUCAAUUUAGUUUUAAUAUAAAUGGUUCCACUGAAAAAGAUAUAAACUCAGAGAAACAAAUGGAUCUAUUUAAUAGGCCGAGUGCAGAGGGGGAUUCUGUUAAACAUCUAUGUACUACUUCACCUGAUAAUCUAGCCAGUAGCUGUUCCCCUUCACAAUUAAAGGAUGAUGAAAACUUAGGUAGAGACCCCUCUAUGUCUGUAAUUACAAGUUUAACAGUCGAUUCAGUAGUCUCAUCCCAGGGAACAGAGGAAGGUCCUGCUGUUAAAAAACAAGAGAACUAUAUGCCAGAUGAGAUUCUCACUGACAAAACCAACUCUCCUAGGACAGAUAUAGGGAGUUUAAACUCCUUUUCCCAUUUGAGUGAGGGGAAUUUGAUGAAAAAAGAGCCAGCAGAGGAGAUGACAACGGAAAAAUCCAUCCCAUCUGGAUUACCUUUGCUUCUCAAACCAGAUUUGCAUAAUGGGUCUGGAAAAGAUAACUGUGAACAGUUUUCAGAUUGCCUUGUGCCCAGUGAAGUUAGAGCUGAUGAAAAUGAAGGUCGUGAGCAUGAAGAAAUUCUUGGCUCUACAGACCUUCUUAAUACAACAGAACAUUUCUCUGAAUCUCAGGAGAUGGCUGAUUGGAAAUUGACUAAACUCAAUGAGGUGAAUGACAGCCACAUAAGUGAAGAAAAGGAGAAGUUUCUGCAGAUGAAUCAGCCUGAGGACACUUACAAUGAUAGUGGAGGAGAGUGUGAUAGAAUGGCAGAAGCAGGUCUAAAUUUAAAAGGAACUUUCGUGAAUGAAAGUGAAGGAUGUGAUUUCUCCACUGUUAUGGAUGCACCAGCAGCAAAUACUUCAUCUAAUUGUUGUGAUUCCUAUGGAAUGCAGAGCCCAGUUGUUUGUUUUGUUCCAAAGACUUUACCCUCCAAAGAAGAUUCAGUAACAGAAGAAAAGGAAAUAGAAGAGAGCAAGUCAGAAUGCUACUCAAAUAUCUAUGAACAGAGAGGAAAUGACAUCACAGAAGGGAGUGGACUACUUUUAAACAGCACUGGUGACCUAAUGAAGAAGAAUUAUUUACACAAUUUCUCUAGCCAAAUUCCAUCAGUGCUUGGGCAGUCUUCACCCAAGAUAGGAAACCUGCAAUCUAUCAGUGUUCCUUUUGGUGGUGCAAGACCCAAGCAACCUUCUAAUCUUAAACUUCAAAUUCCAAAGCCAUUAUCAGACCAUUUACAAAAUGACCUUCCUGCAAACAAUGGAAAUAAUAUUAAAAACAAAAAUGAUGUUCUUGGUAAAGCAAAAAUAGGGGAAAAUUCAGCAACCAAUGCAUGUAAUGCCUCUUUGGGAAACAUUUCUAUUGCUGAUACAAAUGGGGAACAUUCAGAAAGUUAUGAGUCUGGGAUAUCUAGUAGACCUGGUCUUGUAUUACCUCCAGAUAGCCCAGAUAAUGAUCUCAGAGCUGGUCAGUUUGGAAUUUCUGCCAGAAAGCCAUUUACCACCCUCGGUGAGGUGGCUCCAGUAUGGGUACCAGAUUCUCAGGCUCCCAAUUGCAUGAAAUGUGAAGCCAGGUUUACUUUCACCAAAAGGAGGCAUCAUUGCAGAGCAUGUGGGAAGGUUUUCUGUGCUUCCUGCUGUAGCCUGAAAUGUAAAUUGUUGUACAUGGAUAGAAAGGAAGCUAGAGUAUGUGUAAUCUGCCACUCAGUGCUAAUGAAUGCUCAAGCCUGGGAGAACAUGAUGAGUGCCUCAAGCCAGAGCCCUAACCCUAACAAUCCUGCUGAAUACUGUUCUACUAUCCCUCCCUUGCAGCAAGCUCAGGCCUCAGGAGCCCUGAGCUCUCCACCUCCCACUGUGAUGGUACCUGUGGGAGUUUUAAAGCACCCUGGAACAGAAGUGGCUCAGCCCAGAGAGCAGAGGCGAGUUUGGUUUGCUGAUGGGAUCUUGCCUAAUGGAGAAGUUGCUGAUGCAGCCAAAUUAACAAUGAAUGGAACUUCCUCUGCAGGGACCCUGGCUGUGUCACAUGACCCAGUCAAGCCAGUGACUACCAGUCCUUUGCCAGCAGAGACAGAUAUUUCUCUGUUCUCCGGGAAUAUAACUCAGGUUGGAAGUCCUGUUGGGAGUGCAAUGAACCUUAUUCCUGAAGAUGGUCUUCCUCCCAUUCUCAUCUCUACUGGUGUAAAAGGAGACUAUGCUGUGGAAGAGAAACCAUCACAGAUUUCAGUGAUGCAACAGUUGGAGGAUGGUGGCCCUGACCCACUUGUAUUUGUUUUAAAUGCGAAUUUGUUGUCGAUGGUUAAAAUUGUAAAUUAUGUGAACAGGAAGUGCUGGUGUUUCACAACCAAGGGAAUGCAUGCAGUGGGUCAGUCCGAGAUCGUCAUUCUUCUACAAUGUCUGCCUGAUGAAAAGUGUCUGCCGAAGGAUAUCUUUAAUCAUUUUGUACAGCUUUAUCGAGAUGCUCUGGCAGGGAAUGUUGUGGGCAACUUAGGACAUUCCUUCUUCAGUCAAAGUUUCCUUGGCAGUAAAGAACAUGGUGGAUUUUUAUAUGUGACAUCUACUUACCAGUCACUACAAGACCUUGUACUCCCAACCCCACCUUAUUUAUUUGGGAUUCUCAUCCAGAAAUGGGAAACUCCUUGGGCUAAAGUGUUUCCUAUUCGACUAAUGUUGAGACUUGGAGCUGAAUAUCGACUUUAUCCAUGCCCACUGUUCAGCGUCAGAUUUCGGAAGCCAUUGUUUGGAGAGACGGGACAUACCAUUAUGAAUCUUCUUUCAGACUUCAGGAAUUACCAAUAUACAUUGCCAAUAGUUCAAGGUUUGGUGGUUGAUAUGGAAGUUCGGAAAACCAGCAUCAAAAUUCCCAGCAACAGAUACAAUGAGGUGAUGAAAGCCAUGAACAAGUCUAAUGAGCAUGUCCUGGCAGGAGGUGCCUGCUUCAAUGAGAAGGCAGACUCUCAUCUCGUGUGUGUACAGAAUGAUGAUGGAAACUAUCAGACCCAGGCCAUCAGUAUUCACAACCAGCCCAGGAAGGUGACUGGUGCCAGUUUCUUUGUGUUCAGUGGCGCUCUGAAAUCCUCUUCAGGCUAUCUUGCCAAGUCCAGUAUUGUGGAAGAUGGCGUCAUGGUCCAGAUCACUGCGGAGAACAUGGAUGCCUUGAGGCAGGCGCUGCGAGAGAUGAAGGACUUCACCAUCACCUGUGGCAAGGCAGACGCCGAGGACCCCCAGGAGCACAUCCACAUCCAGUGGGUGGAUGACGACAAGAACGUCAACAAGGGUGUCAUAAGUCCCAUAGAUGGGAAGUUAAUGGAGUCUAUAACAAGUGUGAAGAUAUUCCACGGGUCAGAGUAUAAAGCAAAUGGAAAAGUCAUCAGAUGGACUGAGGUGUUUUUCCUAGAAAAUGACGACCAGCACAGUUGCCUGAGUGAUCCAGCAGAUCAUAGCCGGCUGACUGAGCACAUCGCCAAGGCUUUCUGCCUUGCUCUCUGUCCCCACCUGAAGCUCCUGAAGGAAGAUGGAAUGACUAAACUGGGACUUCGUGUGACACUGGACUCGGAUCAGGUUGGCUACCAAGCAGGGAGCAAUGGCCAGCCGCUUCCCUCGCAGUACAUGAAUGACCUGGACAGCGCUCUGGUGCCAGUGAUCCAUGGAGGGGCCUGCCAGCUCAGCGAGGGCCCCAUCGUCAUGGAGCUCAUCUUUUACAUUCUGGAGAACAUCGCCUAG